GAUGGCGUAGCUAUCCGUUUCGCAGCAUGCCGUGAGAAGGUAGGGAGGAGAUGCAAAAUGUUUUGCAGCGCUAACAUAGAAGCCGGGCUGGUCCGGGCUGCCCCUCUGGCAAGUUGACCCCAGUGGUUAUCGCAUUUCAGCAGAUACGUCAUAUCACUGCAACCGGUUUGCCGUCAGCCGCAUGGCGCUUUCCUUCGAUGAAGGGGUUAUUCGUGGCAUCCCUUAACACAGGGAUAAGACCUUGUCUGAGUGUCAUAUGGCUAUUCCGACUUGAAUUCCGAAUUUCUCCACUCAUACGUCCGCUAGCAGAAUUCUGAUCAUCCAGGCCAUACCAGCAUGUACCCAUCAAUUUCGGCAACCCAGUGGGGUUCUCCCACUGCUCCCAGGAAAGCUCUGCUUAUUCAUAGGUUGACUUCGUGCUCGAGUGCAUGGGAGGGCGUCGCUCAGCUAUUAGUAGCAGAAGGCUUUCACAGGGUUCUUUGUCGUGGCUCCGAAUCUCCUUGGCAUGCAUGGAGACGGGGCACCGACUACCGCAUAUCCACCCUUGCAGAGGACCUCCGACCAUACUUCAUCAACGACACGUCCUACGAUGUGGUUAUAGGUCGUUCUCUUGGAGGCACAGUGGCCCUUUCGCUCUUGCCAUUCUUGCCCAAAACGAAAGAAGUCACUGUCAUACUCCUUGAUCCCCCCCUCGAAAGGGAGGGGACAGCAGAAAUGGAUAAAAGUUGGUUUCUGGAAGCAAUUGCAAAUGUCAAAACCGCCGAGGAGCUGGUUGGUGAGUUUGGUUGGUCACGACGUGACUGCGUGUUAGCCGCACUAGGAGUUUCGAUGUGCGACCGCACCACUAUCGACGGAAUCUUCUCUCAUAACAGGCCGUGGUCUUUCAGUGGCCUCUUCAAAAACAUCCCCCCUCAUGUGAAAGUCACCGUGCUGGUAUCAGAUCCGAAGGCUGGCGCUGUUUGUCAUGUGGAGCACGUCCCUCGUGACAUUGAGAGACUGAAUGUCAGAGUUCUUCCGGGCAUUGGCCACUGCAUUCACUACGAGUGUCCAGAAGCUAUCAUGGACGCAAUCUAACUACCGAGAGCGAAGCUUUGAGCCGUGCGAAGGAGAGGCAGUGUUUCAUGGUCUAGUUUGUGUCUACGAUUUUCUGUUGGAACUUAGCCUCUGUUCGUACAUGGGGUGUCGCAAGGCAUACAGUAGUCCAACUAUGUCAAGAUAUCAGCCUCAAGUUUGAAAGAAAAGUACCAUGGUCCCUUGCCACUGCUGCAGCUCAACUUCA